CGCUAAUGUUGUUCACAGCUCAUAUGUGCCAGCCUUCUCAUGGUUCAUUGAAAAAAGAAAGAGAAAGUAAAACUCCACGGGAAGCUCAACAAACACCAUUUUCAUCGUCUUCUCUCUAUUGUAGAGUGAUCUUCUUGUUUUACUGCAACUGAAAAAAAACGGUGAAUAUAGUCCUAUAAGGCUAUUAGGCUACUGCAGAAAAGGUAACAGGUAACUCGCCGAAAGUUCACUUUAGGUGAGCAUCAUUUGACGCAAAGCAAUGUCCCGUGGUUCGAAUGCUGGAUUUGACCGACACAUUACGAUUUUUUCUCCUGAGGGCCGCCUCUAUCAAGUCGGUGAGAUAUUUUGCUUCAUUCCUCCAGUUUUGUUUCAUGCAGGGGACGAACUAGGCUAAUCUAGCCUCUGUAUAUGUAUCGUUCUAUAUCAUCUCAAAUGUAAAAUAAUCGCGCUGUGAAUGUGUUACGCUGUAGCUGUAUCUGAUGAUGAGCAUCCCCAUAUGCCAAAAGUGUAGUAUAUUGUGAUUGUUAACGUAUUGUGAUUAUGUAUUUCACAUAGAAUAUGUGGGUUGGGAGGGGGGGGGGGGGGGGGGGGGGGGGGUUAAAAGUUAGCCUAUAUUUAAGAAGUAUAAUCUCAUGUUCUUAUGUGUUGUCCCUCAGAGUAUGCCUUCAAAGCAAUCGCCCAGGGUGGGUUGACAUCACUGGGCGUGCGGGGGACAGACUGUGCUGUGGUGGUCACACAGAAGAAAGUGCCGGUAAGAUAUUCAGCUUCGGUCCUUAGCUACAUCUCCAUGUACCAGGAGCUUCUGUCUUAGUUUUCUUUGACUUCAUCCAAAUUAGAAAAAUAAUGUUGAUAUCUGGCUUUAGAGAAAGAGUCAGUCAUGAACAGUGAAGCAUGACAGAGUGGUGUCUCAAGCAUUUCUGCUGACAGGGCACACGCCACUGAUUUGUUAAAGCUUGUCCAAGGAAAGCUUAUAUUGUGGAACCAAUAUUCCUAACAACAAUGAGGUAUCAUCUACUAUAUGUAUAUAUGUGACCCUGUCAUUAUAACACAGGACAAGCUGCUGGAUUCUGCCACUCUGACCAACAUGUACCCACUUACCCCACGCAUUGGAUGUGUGAUGACAGGACACAAUGGUGUGUAUAAUGGCACAGACGACAUCUCACAUCACACACACACACACACACACACAUCCUUUUACUCUCUCUUCCUCUCCCCCUCAGCGGACAGUCGAUCCCAGGUCCACAGGGCACGAGUGGAGGCCGCCGAAUGGAAGUACAAGUUUGGCUAUGACAUCACAGCAGACAUGUUGUGUCGGAGAAUGGCGGACAUCUCCCAGGUCUACACACAGAACGCUGAGAUGAGACCUUUGGGAUGCUGUGAGUGGUGUACCCCUGUCCUCCUGUCACCAUGUCUCUCUGUCCUCUUCCUCUCCAUUGAUUCACUCCCUCUCUCCCUUACCAUUAAUCCACUGUCUACCUCCUUUCUUUCAAUACCUCUCACUCUAUACACCCUUUUUUCCUCUCCCUGAUUGCCCAGUAAUACCGUUUUUUUCAAUCACUUUGCCGCAUUUUUCAAAUGUAAGUGGUAUAUUUACAAAACUCUAAACUGAUAACACAUGUAAUGCCCUCCUAUCUUAGGUUCAGAACCUUUGAUUGUGCAUUCAUUGGGGUUUCACACAACUUUCACCCAUGAGUAUUUCAUGCAGAAUCAAAGUUUUAUGUGAAAUACCCUGAGAACAUUUUGUUUAGUCACCAAUACAUCAGAUAAUGAUAGGCUCACCAUUUAGUAAUUUUAACUACCAUUUAUUCCAAUAGAAAAAAAUACAAGAUAAACAUUUCAAAAUGUGUAUUUCUGAAGUGUCAAUAGAAAGAGUAGUAGAUGGUGAAUAUCAUUUUCCAUACAGUAUUUGACUAUAACUUGACAUGCACAAUUAUUUUAUCAUUUGUAUCCAAUGGCAGGUUGUGAGCAUGUUGAGAAAUAUGUCAGUCUUACGGUUCCAUUAUCUUUUUACAGUACAUUAGUAGGACAAAAAAUCGGGGUAUUGUAAAACAGUUGGCUACUGCAAAAACAUAGCACAGUGUUGGAAGCCAUUUCUGCCCCAUGCAACAUUGUACAAGAUCACCUUUUCUACGUGACUUGUCAACUGAAACAGUAUCGCCUGUCUCUCUGCUUGAAAUUCAUCAUCUAACAGUGUAUCAAUAAAAUUCAGAUAAUGAGUGGAAUAUAUUGUUUGAUAAACCGGGUGGUUCGAGCCCUGAAUGGUGAUUGGCUGAAAGCUGUGGUAUAUCAGACCGUAUACCAUGGGUAUGACAAAAAAGUACUAUUUACUGGUCUAAUUACGUUGGUAACCAGUUUAUAAUAGCAAUAAGGCACCUCAGGGGUUUGUGGUAUAUGGCCAAUAUACCCUGGCUAAUGAUUGUAUCCAGGCACUUCGCGUUGCGUCGUGCGUAAGAACAGCCCUUAGCUGUGGUAUAUUGGCCAUAUACCCCAUCUCCUCGGGCAUUAUUGCUUAAAUAUACAGUGGGGAGAACAAGUAUUUGAUACAGGAAAAUAUAUAAUUUAAUCAAUUUUAGAAUAAGGCUGUAACGUAACAAAAUGUGGAAAAAGGGAAGGGGUCUGAAUACUUUCUGAAUGCACCGCACAUUACCUAGGCACUACAUCAUUUUGGUUCAGUAGUUAUCCGUUUUGAGCAGUUUGAUUAAGAAAUAGUUAAUUGUAUUUUUAACAAAUGACAAGAAAAUCAUAAAAAAAGUAAUGUGAAUAUUGCAUUUUGAAACGCAGAUACUUAUACUGAACCAAAAUAUAAACGGAAAAUGCAACAAUUUCAAAAUCUUACUGAGUUACAGUUCAUAUAAGGAAAUCAGUCAAUUGAAAUCAAUUUGUUAGGCCCUAAUCUAUGGAUUUCAUAUGACUGGGAACACAGAUAUGCAUCUGUUGGUCACAGACGCCUUAAAAAUACAGGUAGGGGCAUGGAUCAGAAAACCUGUCAGUAUCUGGUGUGACCAUCAUUUGCCUCAUGCAGUGCGACACAUCUCCUUCGCAUAGAGUUGAUCAGGCUGUUGAUUGUGGCCUGUGGAAUGUUGUCCCACUCCUCUUCAAUGGGUGUGCGAAGUUGCUGGAUAUUGGCGGGAACUGGAACAUGCUGUCAUACACGUCAAUCCAGAGCAUCCCAAACAUUCCCAAUGGGUGACAUGUCUGGUGAGUAUGCAGGCCAUGGAAGAACUGGGACAUUUUCAGCUUCCAGGAAUUGUGUACAGAUCCUUGCAUCAUGGGGCCGUGCAUUAUCUUGCUGACACAUGAGGUCAGGGCGGCAGAUAAAUGGCACGACAAUGGGCUUCAGGAUUUCGUCACAGUAUGUCUGUGCAUUCAAAUUGGCAUCGAUAAAAUGCAAUUGUGUUCGUUGUCCGUAGCUUAUACCUGACCAUACCAUAACCCCACUGCCAGCAUGGGGCACUCUGUUCACAACAUUGACAUCAGCAAACCGCUCGCCCACAUGACGCCAUACACGUAGUCUGCGGUUGUGAGGCUGGUUGGACGUACUGCCAAAUUCCCUAAAACAACGUUGGAGGCGGCUUAUGGUAGAGAAAUGAACAUUACAUUCUCUGGCAACAGCUCUGGUGGACAUUCCUGCAGUCAGCAUGCCAAUUGCAUGCUCCCUAAAAACUUGAGACAUCUGUAUUAUUGUGUUGUCAGACAAAACUGCACAUUUUAGAGUGGCCUUUUAUUAUCGCCAGCACAAGGUGCACCUGUGUAAUAAUCAUGCUGUUUAAUCAGCUUCUUAAUAUGCCACACCUGUCAGGUGAAUGGAUUAUCUUGGCAAAAGAGAAAUGCUCUCUAACAGGGAUGUAAACAAAUUUGUUCACAAAAUUUGAGAGAAAUAAGCUUUUUUGUAUGGAACAUUUCUGGGAUCUUUUAUUUCAGCUCAUGAAACAAGUGAUCAACAUUUUACAUGUUGUGUUUAUAUUUUUGUUUUGUAGAUAGAAUAUGUAUCCAAAUUGAAAGAGUGAUUUGGUGCAGUGAACAAAAGACUGUGAAUUUAUUAGUUGCACUCAGUCAACUGAAAAUGUGCUUAGAGUUUUGACACAUUAGCCAUUUUGAUGAUCUGUUUAGAUUUUUGUGCUUAGAGUUGUGAAAAUGGCACUAAAGUGAUUGAACAACUCUGUAAGUGCAGUAGGUGAGUCCUAACUCCCACACAGAGGACUCAGACCCAAAACCUUCUCCUCCCCAUGUCUCCAGGUAUGAUCUUGGUGGCCAUGGACCCCCAGAUGGGUCCCAUGCUGUAUAAGUGUGACCCGGCAGGCUACUUCUGUGGCUUCAGGGCCACCAGCGUGGGGGCCAAGCAGACAGAGGCUAACAGCUACCUGGAGAAGAAACUGAAGAAGAGGCCGAAGCUGUCAUAUGAGAUGACUGUGGAGGUAGGGGGAUGGAUACACCUGGAUACUCAUGGAAACAUCUGGCGAAAAGUGAAAGUCUGUACAGGAUUCAAUCUCUCUCUCUCUCUCUCUCUCUCUCUCCAUUUCUUUCCCACUCUCCUCCUAUAGUUGGCCAUCUCCUGUCUCUCUUCUAUUCUGUCCAUGGACUUCAAGCCCAGUGAAAUUGAAGUGGGUGUAGUCACUAAGGAAAGCCCCAAGUUCAGGUACUAUACUAUCACAGUAACUGCAUUUCGUCAUCACUGUGUUUUUCUAUAUGCUCAAAUGGUAAUGAUCAAGGAUUUAGACAAGGGAACAACAGCCAAAUGAUCAAUAGUCAAUUCAUUUUUCCUUCUCUCUUUCUCUCUCCCCAACAAUGUUUCUAACAUCCACUCUCAUCUUCACCCUCACAGGACCCUCUCUGAGACAGAGAUCGACACCCACCUGGUGGCCAUUGCUGAGCGGGAAUAGAUGAGCAGCCAUCCACAUACAGUACAUCAGGCGUCAGGCUGACUAACUAACAGACUAACCUAGUGGUUCAGUAAUAGGACAUCAAUACUACUUCAGACUGCUUUUGCAGACGGGCCCAUCUUAUACAAUACUAUGAUAUUUUUCUACUUUCCAACUAUUUUCAUCCUCACUGGUUGAUUUUCACCUUCAGUCUGCAUAUCAAAGCUUCUAGGACAUACAGCCAGGCUGUAACUAGAAUGCCCAUGUUGUUGGAUUGGUUUGAUCAUGUGGAUUGUUUCAUCCAUCAUAUUUAUUGUCUGUAUCUCAUUGAUCCCCAUUGUUUAUGACCACCAAAUGGGUUUUAGCUGCCUGUGUCCAGAGCAUUACUCAUGUCAUCUAUCAACUGCCACAGAAACACUGUCUAACAGAAUAAAACACAUAAAAUAAAACAAAAGAGC